AGUGUCUUGUUCAGGCUGUCAAGGGGUGACAACAUGACGUUUCCUUCUUGGUUCAUGUUUGGUGCUGCCACAGCGGCGUAUCAGAUAGAGGGCGCCUGGGAUGUCAGUGAUAAGAGUGAAAGUAUAUGGGACAGAUUACUGCAUACCCAACCCUCGCUUGUGUUGGACAAUUCUAAUGGCGAUGAAGCAUGUUACUCCUACGAUUUCUGGCCAAGAGAUGUCGAAAUCGCUCAUGAAUUAGGACUGCAAAUGUACAGAUUCUCAAUAUCAUGGCCUCGCCUGCUUCCCACUGGGUUUCCGAACAAAAUCAGCAUGAAUGGCAAGAAUUACUACAGCAAGUUGAUCGAUGGUCUGCUGAAGAAGGGCAUCCAGCCUGUCGUUACCAUGUACCACUGGGACUUGCCACAGUCUUUGCAAGAUCUUGGAGGCUGGACGAAUCCUCUCAUCGCUACGUGGUUCGCGGACUAUGCAAGGGUCUUAUACACCUUGUUUGGUGAUCGUGUGAAGUACUGGAUCACGAUAAACGAACCGCUCACGAUCUGUGAUGGUGGGUACAGUAAGAUGGCUGCUCCUUACCUAAAUGACAUGAAGAUUUCCAAUUAUUUGUGCAGCAAGCAUGUGCUGUUGGCUCACGCUAAGGCUUUUAGGGCGUAUGAAGAAUUUAGGAAGGGGUACCGUGAUUUUUAUGUAAAAAAUCAAAGCAAUUGUCACCGGUUGCGGUUUGCGGCUCCCGCUGUACUGGCGGGCGCGGCUGCAGUUCUGCAACCGCCGCGGGCAAGAUUUCAAUGGCCAAUAUUUUCUUCUGGUUCGAACCUUUGGAUCCGCAAAAAGAUAAAGAAGCUACGCAACUCGCAAUGCAACUCUGGGCUAGUUAGUAGGCUGCGCGACAUCGCCCCGACCGCACACGCUGCUCAUAAGGAAGAGCCCCUCUGUAGCUCGAAAUUAGUAGAGCUUUUCUAUCUUCACGAGGGUCGUUUCGGUCACCCCAUCUAUUCCAAAACGGGAGGAUGGCCACCAGAACUGGAAAGGUAUAUUGCGGGACUUAGCGCGAGGGAAGGGUACAAUCAGUCCAGACUUCCUCCGUUUACUCCAGAGGAAAUUCAACUUGUCAAAGGCUCUUAUGACUUCUAUGGGUUAAACCACUUCACCACCCGUCUAGUUAAGAAAGCUACUCCUAAGACGGCUGGUGAUUGGCCGUUCUACGGGUCCAAGGAGUUAGGAGUCUCCUUUGUGAACCAUCCUAAAAGGAAAACGAUCGUCAUUGACUGGUUCCAAAUAUACCCUGAAGGUCUUCGGAAGCAGCUGCACUGGAUCAAAGACAACUACGAGGUCAAAGACAUCAUGAUCACAGAGAACGGGCUCCCAAUGCUAAGGCUAGAUUUCGCUGAUUACGAGAGAGUAGACUAUAUCAGAGAAUAUUUGAAACAUGUUCUCCUCGCCAUAAAUGACGGUGUCCACGUGAUGGGGUAUAUAGUCUGGUCCAUGAUGGACAGCUUCGAAUGGAUUACAGGGUAUAAAGUUAAAUACGGACUAUACGAAGUGAACUUCGAAAGUGAUUAUCGGCUGCGCGACGCACGGGAGUCGGCGAAGUACUACAGAAAACCUCCUUUAGAUCAUAAUCCUCAGACUGCGUAG